UAUGGCUGCCUCCAUGGAGUAAUUUGCGUGAUGCCUCACGCUCACGUCAACAUUUCUUUGCUUUGUGAAAUGUAAUAUAAUACGAGCAGCCUAUACCUGGGUAUAUUUUUCGAGAUUAAAGGAAUAAUAAACGCGCUUAUUUUUAAGUGCAAGAUUUGUUAUUUAAUUAAUCAAUUGAUCGUUAGAAUUUGUUCAGCUUUUUGCGUGCUGGAAAUCGCCCUGAUCGUGCCCGGCCUGCUGUGCUGAUGUUUGUAACUUUUUGUAAGACACUGCCAGUGCCAUCCUCCAUGUCCUAAUUACUGACUGUGUGGUUAACAGAGUUUCAGAAAUUCUGCCUGUUUCUGCUUUGCAAAUAUGAGUUAUGACCACCCCAAAAGAAAUCUCACAAAAUGGGUUGAUUGUAAAUAGUAACAGUGGUAGUGAUUCCACAGGGAACUUUGGAAAAACUACAAAACAUAGCGUAAAUCUGCCAGAAGAAGAAUUCAUCCGCCCUCGGAAAAUUCCUCACCAGAACAUAGUCUAUAGGCUCUUCCAUCGCCAGACCCAUCGGUGCAAACCAGGCACGCAGUUCCAUGUCGCCAGGUCCUUCCACCAGAACGUGUUUCCAGGAUUCACGGUGGUGAAUGUUGAGAAACCACCUUGUUUCCUGCGAAAGUUCUCUCCGGAUGGGAAGUACUUCAUCGCCUUCUCUGCCGACCAGACAUCACUGGAGAUUUACAGGUUCCAAGGGCCAGCUGCAGCGUGUGACCUGUUGCAGAGGAUAAGCAAAAAAGCACCUGUGGAUGUUGUGGAAGCGCAGGGAAUUCGUGGACAGCUCUUCCAGAGAUUCUUUGCAUUGCAUCAUGUUGUCAGCGUUGCCCCCAAUGGGGAGCACCUCAACCGUGAGUGUAGUCUCUUCACGGAUGACGGCCGGUACGUCAUUGUGGGAUCUGCGGCCUACGUGCCCGAAGAACCAUAUCCACAUUUCUAUGAUGUUUACCGGAACAAUGAGUCAGUUUCCCCCAACCCGCGUUCACCAUUGGAGGACUAUUCCUUACACCUGGUGGACCUGCAGCUAGGGGUUCUCUGUGAUUCACGGACCUUCAAAUGCGACAAGGUUUUCCUGUCCCACAACCAGGGACUCUACCUUUACAAGAAUAUCCUAGCGGUUUUAUCAGUUCAACAGCAGACUAUCCACAUCUUCCAGGUCACCUCAGAUGGCAAUUUCAUCGAUGUGCGGACAAUAGGACGGUUCUGCUAUGAAGAUGACGGACUGGUGUUGCUGGCGAGCCAGGAGGGCAGCCUACUCCCGCCCAAUUCCUCCCUGGCACGGCCCUACCGGGACACAAGCAUCAACUCCCUAAAACACCGGCUCCUGGUGUACCUGUGGCGGCAGGCCCAUGACCAGGGCACGCCGACAGCCAUGCGCCGCUUCUUCCAGUACUUUGACUACUUCCGCUGGCUGCGAAUGUGGAAGAUCCAGCUGCUGGACGAGAAUCACCUCCUGAUAAAGUAUGCUAGCGAGGACGUGGUGACGCUUCGGACCCAGGACCCCAACUCCCAGCCCUCCUUCUUUGUCGUCUACAACAUGCUGACCACUGAGGUGGUGGCAGUCUUCGAGAACACUUCCGAGGAGCUCCUGGAGCUCUUUGAGAACUUCUGCGAUCUCUUCCGCAAUGCCACUCUGCACGCUCACGCCCAGUUCACCUGCUCCGCGUCCAGCAACAUCUAUGCCCGGCAGAUCCAGAGACGGUUCAAGCACACCAUCAUCAACGCGAGGUACGGUGGGCAUACGGAGGCAGUAAAGAGGCUCUUGGCCCAGCUCCCAAUCAGCUCCCAGUCAUACAGCAGCAGCCCCUACCUGGACCUCUCUCUGUUCAGCUACGAUGACAAGUGGGUGUCGGUUAUGGAGAGACCCAAAGCAUGUGGAGAUCACCCAAUCAGGUUCUAUGCUCGGGACUCUGGCAUCUUGAAGUUCAAGAUCCACGCAGGGAUGCUUGGCCGACCAUCUCCACCGUCAGCUCGCCGCUUAGUGGCUUUCACCUUUCACCCCUACGAGCCCUUCGCAAUAUCAGUCCAGCGGACUAACACAGAGUAUGUGGUCAAUUUCCAUGUCAGACACCAGCCCAUGGACUAGACUUCAAUUGUGCUGUGCACACAUUUGAAGACAGGAUUUCUUGAGAGCUGCUGAGUGAUGCUCUGUCUUCUUGAAGAUGACACCGGCUGAGUGACGAUUGAUCUUUUUUUAAAACUCAGAUGAAACAAAUUCAGAACUGCACUGUAUCAGAUAUAAGAGCAGUUUAAAUAGAGUGUCUUAAGAUUUUUGGAAAAAGUUGGCAACUUUUGUAAAAAGAAAAAAAAAAGGUUAUUUGUGCAAUGAGACCCCUGGUUAUGGGCUUGACAAACAUUUUAUUCGUUCUGAAAAACUAAAAAACAUAAGACUGAAGUUUGAGGUUGAAAAUAGAGACAAAACAUAAAGCAUUCGCAUUGUUGGCUUUGAUGCUAAAUGAUCUUUAUUUUGUGUAAGCUGUUACCGGCCAUUUAUGCUUGAAGGUUUAUAUUUUAUGCCCACAGUGUUAAAUUUUGUUGUUUUUUAGGUUUUCUGGACCAGUUUUGUGAUAAGCCUUCUAUAGUAGCGAGACAUUACUUUCUGUGUAGUAUUCUGGUGAGAAAAAAAAAAUUGGCAAAUGCAUGAAGCUGAAAGCACUUUUGUACCAAAAUUAAAUUUGGUCCAUUUCAGCUAGUGCCGUUAUCACUGUAAUACUUUGCUUUUAAACCAACAUUGUUUGCUGAGCAUAGCACACCGGGAAUGUUCCAUUCUCCAUUAGAGGAGAACUGAGUGUUCAACAUAUUUCCCUGUUUUUUCAAGCUUUCAGUGCAAAUAUUUUCAUUACAUUUCACCCCGAGAUUCCUCCUUAGAACACAUCGCUGCUUGGUGGGAUAUCCUUAGUACAGGAUCAACUUUGUGAGAAAAAAAAAACACCUCUGAUAUGGGACGGGAAAAGGUUACGUUAUUUGAUUUUAGUAGGCAGGUCUUAAUUUAUUGUGGCAUUGUUAUAAGGACAAUUGUGUUCCUUGUGUUGGAUGCAUUGUUUCAGCUUCAACACCCCUUUGGCAUACAAUAUUUUGUCAAUAAUUUUGUCCAAAAGGCUCGGAGAUAUGUGUAUCAGACCAUUGACACCCCUAUGUCAGUUUGUUAUUUGGAAAUGGUUCCAACUCCCUUGAUUUUGUGUUCAUCUGGUAUUCCCUAUUUAUAUAUUUUGCAUUUGUGAAUGUGAAUAAAUAGGUGCUAAGCUUCAAGUUAAUCU